GCGGCCGAGGAGGCGGAGGCCCUCAGAGCAAUCGAGAGAGGCGCCGCGCCGACCGCGAAGCCCCCACGCCGGGCCGCCGAGGGCGCCGGGCCGCGCAGCUCCGUCCGUCUGCUGGGGCCUCCGCGGGGAGAUGGCCGGCCGGCCGGCCCAGUUUCCAGCUCGUGGGGGAGCAGCCGCGACCGGCAAGGGGCAGCUUUGACCCGGUUCCUCUCGCAAAGGGGCUUCACUGCUGCUCCGUGGGAUCAAGAGCUUCCCGAGCUCCUCGACAUGGGGGACAUGAAGACCCCGGAUUUCGACGACCUCCUGGCGGCCUUUGACAUCCCCGACAUCGACACCAGCGAGGCCAUCCAUCCGGGCCACGAGGAGGCCGAGGCGCCCAUCCGUCCCGUCCCGGGGGAGGCGGCCGCCCCCGAGCACGUCCUCCCACACGCCGACAUCACCACCGUCAGCGUCAUCGUGAAGAACACCGUCUGCCCCGAGCAGCUGGAGCCGGGGGACGGGCGCCUGAAGGACGGCGUGGGCGGCCCCCGCCUGCUGCAGAAUGGCUUUACGGCGCCCGAGCUGCCCCGGGCCUCCCCGGUUCCCUCGGCGGAACCCGCAGCCCCCGCCAAUGGCGACUGUUGGGCCCUGAAGGAGAAGGCCCCCAAGAGCCUGGACCUCUUCUCCCCCUUCAGCCCCGAGCCCCACAAGGAGGGGGAGGCAGACCUGAUCGACCAGCCCCGGGGAGGCAAGGGGAAGGAGCAGCCGGGCCUUGCCGGGGCGCCCCUCAUCCCGGUCCCCAUCUUGUCUGCUGGCCCCUCCCUGGAUUGUCCCCAACCCGUUCAGGAGAGCCUGGGACCCUCGUCCCCUCCGGCCUUCGCUCCGCCUUUUGAAACGUGCCCGCCUGGUGGGGUGGGCCUCUCGCUGACCCCUCCUCCUGCUCCUGUUCCGGCUCCUCCUGUAAUCAAGCAGGAGGUGGACUGCGAGAUGCCUUGCCAGGGGUCCAGCCCGUUGGGGCGACCCAAGCCUGGCUCUUCCUGCUACUCCACGGAGACCUCCCCCCGGGUCCCCUGGCCUGGCUCUGACGCAGACCUGGAGGGGGAGCUCGGCAGCCUCCCCGACAUCAAGCACUCGCUCUCCAGCCCUCGGGAGCAUCUCUUCCAGGGCUCCCCACGGAAGGGAGCCAGUCCAGGGGCCCUGGUCCCCCCAAAGCCCCCCGGCGGAGGAUCCCUGAAAGAAGAACCGAUGGAAAAGCCACUGCAGUGCCCGCCAGUCCCUUCCAGGGGGGGGGAGGAGGAGGAGGAGGAGGAGGAGGAUGGGGAGCAGGAGGACCAGAGCACCGGUUCCCCCUCGUCCGGUUCCUCACGGCCCCUCAAGGUGAGGAUCAAGACCAUUAAGACGUCCUCAGGAAGCAUCACCCGGACAGUGACCAGGGUCUCGUCGGACGCUGAGCCAGGGCUCGGCAAGCUGUCCUCGGAUCCGGAGACCCCGGCAGCCGAGGACGCCCUGCUCCUUGCCGUCAGUCAGAAGGAAGAGGCCGCUCCGGAGAACCCUGGCCUGAGGGCCCUGGUGUCCAGCCCCGUGAAGGUGACGGAGGGCCCCAAGGUGGUCAGCGUCCAGCUGGGCGAUGGCACCAAGCUCAGGGGCACGGUGCUGCCCGUCUCCACCAUCCAGAACGCCAGCAGCGCCAUGCUCAUGGCGGCCAGCGUGGCCCAGCAGAAGGCCGUGGUGCUGCCCAGCAAGGCCCUGGCCAAGAACGUCCUCAGCCUGGUGCCCCAGCCCCUCCCCAAGGCCGCCGAGGUCCGGGCUGGGGGGGCCGCUGUGCCCACCCCCGCCAGCCAGAAGCUCAACGGCACCACGGUGGUAGCCCUGCAGCCCCAGAAGCCCUCGCCCCCCGUGGCCGGCACGGUCAUCUCCCGCAGCCAGUCCAGCCUGGUGGAGGCUUUCAACAAGAUCCUCAACAGCAAGAACCUGCUGCCCCCCUACAAGCCCAACCUGCUGCCCCCCGCCGAGUCCAGCCUGAGCCUGCCGCCGCUGGGCUACCGCUGCCUGGAGUGCGGCGACGCCUUCGCCCUGGAGCGGAGCCUGGCCCGGCACUACGACCGGCGCAGCCUGCGGGUGGAGGUGACCUGCAACCACUGCGCCAAGCGGCUGGUCUUCUUCAACAAGUGCAGCCUGCUGCUCCACGCCCGCGAGCACAAGGACAAGGGGCUGGUCAUGCAGUGCUCCCACCUGGUCAUGCGGCCCAUCGCCCUGGACCAGAUGAUUGGCCAGCCGGACGUGGCCCCGCUGGCCUCCCUGGCCUCCCUCAGCGCCAGCAAGGCGACCUCCCCGGCCGGCCCGGCCCCAGACACCAGCCCGGCCCAGGGAGGCCCCGCCCAGGACUUGCCUGUCCUGCCCCUGGGCGGCAGCAGCACCGAGCAGCCACCGGCCACCAACUCCUGUCAGUGCCUGGAGUGCAAGGAGCAGUGCAAGGACAAGGCUGGGCUGGCGGCCCACUUCCAGCAGGCCGGAAGCGCCGGCUCCACGGUGUGCAACAGCUGCCCGAUGAUCAUGGCCAACCGCUGCAGCUUCAGCGCCCACCAGCGCAUGCACAAGAACCGCCCACCCCACGUCUGCCCCGAGUGUGGCGGGAACUUCCUGCUGGCAAACUUCGAUGCCCACCUGAAGGACGCCUGCCUGCAUUUCUCCCGCAGGAUCGGCUACAGGUGCCCCAGCUGCUCGGUGGUCUUCGGCGGCGUGAACUCCAUCAAGUCCCACAUCCAGACGUCACACUGCGAGGUCUUCCACAAGUGCCCCGUCUGCCCCAUGGCCUUCAAGUCGGCCCCCAGCGCCCACGGCCACAUCUACACCCAGCACCCGGGCUUCAGCAGCCAGCAGUCCAAGAUGAUCUACAAGUGUGCCAUGUGCGACACAGUCUUCACGCACAAGCCGCUGCUCUCCUCCCACUUCGACCAGCACCUGCUCAGCCAGCGGGUCAGCGUCUUCAAGUGCCCCGACUGCCCUCUGCUCUUCGCCCAGAAGCGGACCAUGCUGGAGCACCUCAAGAACAACCACCAGCAGCAGCUGCCACCAACGAAGCCCAAGGAGGAGCCGGGGAAGCAGGCCGCCCCCGCCGUGCCCACCGCCCCCAAGCCAGGGCCGGCCGAAGAGGAGCCCCCGCCACCCGUCUCCAAGCCCCCCUCCUCCUCCUCGUCCUCCUCUUCCUCCUCUUCCUCAGAGGAUGACCCCCCCAGCUCCCCCGAGGUGCGCAAGAGCAAGCGGGGCCGGUUCCAGCGCAAGGCGGAGCUGGGCAGGCGCUCGCGAAGCAACGGCUGGACCUGCGGCAUCUGCCACUCCUGGUUCCCCGAGAGGGACGAGUACGUGGUGCACAUGAAGAAGGUCCACGGGAAGUGCGUGAAGAAGUUCCCCUGCCAUCUGUGCGAGCGCUCCUUCUGCUCCGCGCCCAGCCUGCGCAGGCACAUCCGGGUGAACCACGAGGGCAUCAAGCGGGUCUACCCCUGCAGGUACUGCACCGAGGGUAAGCGGACGUUCAGCAGCCGGCUCAUCCUGGAGAAACACAUCCAGGUGCGGCACGGGAUCAAGGUGACCGACGCCAACCGCAGCCAGGAGGUGCUGGCCACCCGCUUGGGCUCCAGGAACGCCCAGGUGUCCGGCCGGAAGCACAAGCUCUCCUCGGACGACGGGGACUCGUGCAGCGAAGAGCCGGACAGCACCACCCCGCCCUCCAAGACCCCCAAGGGCGGCCGGCGGUCCCUCUACCACUGCCGCAAGUGCGGCUACAUCGCCCCCACGGCGGCUGACUUCCAGGAGCACAUCCCCCGGCACCGGACAGGCGAAAGCGCCCACCAGUGUCACGAGUGCGGACUCUGCUUCACCUCUCAGGUCUCCCUCAACCGCCACCGCUUCAUCACCCACAAGAAGAAGCGGGGCGCGGGCAAGGGGGAGGCCGGCACCCCCCAGGGAGGGGGGACGGAGGAGGGGUCCCCCUCUGCCACCGAGGGGAGCCUCUCCUGCACGGUCUGUGGCAAAGGCUUCGACACCCAGCUCAACCUCAAGACUCACUUCCGCACCCACGGCAUGGCCUUCAUCAAGGCCCGACAGACCGGGGGGGGCGAGAACUAGCCAGGCCCCAGAGCCGUCUUGGGGGGGGGAACGUCCCCCUCACGGCUCCUUCCGUGGCUUGAGUGCGAGGUGUUGUGACGGAGAUGAGGAACGGCGCCUUAUUUAUCGUCCUGGCACAGCUUUCUGUGGCUGCCCUCGGGAGUGGCCAGGGGCACCCUCGCCCCCCAAGAGUGAGCCCUGUAGGUGGGCCAUCUCCACUUCGGCAGGGAUGGCUGGACUUCAACCCUCCUAUUCCUGCCCUGUCUCAGCCACAUGGGUGUUGAAGUACGAUGCAUGAAGAGGACACGUGUGUUGCGUGAAAGGCAGGUUGCGCUGGUUCUUCGUCCAUCACCACUCCGGUUUCCCUUUCCUGUCCCGAGGCUCCUGGAGGUGCCCAGAGAGAGGAGUUACGGGCUCUUUUCGGUUCUGAUGCUUGUCCACCUUUGGGCGGUUUCCCCCCCUCACCUGGCCAGAUCAUGGCUUGUUUCACUCCUGUCCCAGGGAAAAAAGGAAGCCGGCUUGACGUCUCUUCCACCGGCUAAUGAUGGCCAACUCAAAGCCAAGAAAACGCUUUUCUCCCUUUUCCAAAUCAUUCCAGGUCCCAGAAUUUGGAGGUGCGCUCUUGGCCCCCAUUUCUCCCCCUUAGCAUGGUGCCCUCUCAGCAUUGGGGGGGUCUUCACCUGGCAGUCCCCCCAGUCCUUUCCUCUUUGCUGGAGUCCAAAAUACCUGAAGAGCUGCUGGUGCUUUGGGGGCAGAAAAGACAGGCAGGGCCACACCUUGAUUUUAGAAGCAACAUAUGUUGCUUGUAAAAUCCAGUAUUUGCAGGGUCUGGGGGAGGCGGCUGCACCUGGUGGGUGGGAUGGGGAGGGGAACAGGAGACUGAAAUUGGUUCCUGUGAGCAGGAAGAGGGGGGUCUUUCUCUCUAAAUGGGCAGGUAGCCAAAUCUAGCCCACCUCUCUACGGAUGGCUGUCCCCCAGUUCGGUCCCUGGGCUCCCCGUUGUGGCGUUCCAGGAGGGAUCAGGAUAAUCGGAUUAUUUGUCUGCCCCCAUGAUUUUUAGAGUUUUUUUUUUUUUUUUUUUCCCCACACACACACACACACACAAUCCCUUCACUUUUCCUAACAAAACCCCCAAUUUCUAGCCCCUUCCUGACCCCGGGCGUUCCUCAGUCGAACUCCGAGGCCGCGUUCCUGCCUGGGAACUGCCAGAUGCUCUUUUCUUUAUCAGAACAGUUCAGAUGAUGGCUGCGGGUUCAAGAGAGGCGCAUUUCUGUGCUUUGGGCCUUCCCGUGCUUCUCUCCCACCCUGGAAUCAUGAAAACGACUUUGGUUCUUUUUUGUCUUAAAAGGUGUUUCUUUUGGGGAAAGGGCGUGUGUGUGUGUGUGUGUGUGUGUGUGUGUGUGUGUGUGUGUGUGUGUGUCUUUUGAUUUGUGUUUAUUUUAGUUCCUGGGUUUAGUUUGGUUCUUUUUUUUUUUUUUUUGGAGUUGUCACUAAUGCAGACUAACAAAGCGAAGCGUGUGUCCUUUAAACCAAUCGUGUAACAUAUACUUUAAAAAAAACUGAAUGAAUGAAAGCAAACAGGUCGAGUGACUGGUGCUAACUGAUUAUUUCCCCCCCCCCCCAAGGAGCCUGUGAGCAGAAAGACCCUUUGCUGGUUGGUUAAAAAAGAAGAAAAGAGGGCGGGAGAUGGGUUAAAAUUAGGUUUUUAUUAUCGUUUGCUGAGGAGGCCCCUGUUAAACCAGCACUCCUGGCUUAGGGGAUUGUGCAAAUAAUUUCCUUGGCUGGGGGGGGGGGAGGUGGUGUUUGGCAGCCCUGGCAGGCCAGAGGCUGGUGGUCUUCAGCCCUCCAGGCCUCCGUGGGGUGAUUUUCCCUCUCCCAACCCCGGGGACUGUGCCCAUGUGGCUUCCCUUUUUCCAGGGGCCAAACGCGGCGUCUGAGCUGGCUGCAGCUCCUUUGGAGUUGCAGAGCUCCAGGUUUCGGCCAGUAAAUUCCACGCGCGCAUCACGCUAACCCAGUCUGCUUCCUUAACCAUGGUUUGCCAGAGAAACCCUCCGUUUCUCCCCUGACGCCAAUCAUGGGAAUGUUUACCCUGGAAGGCUCUCCCAGGGAACAUGAGGUGAUUUUUUUAAAAAAAAAAAAAAAAAGGAAAAGAAAAAAAAACCAUG